AUGGACUCUCCUCGCGACGAGGUUCACGACGUCAAGGUGGAUGUCACGCACAAUGAAGAGGCCCUUCGGGAGGCCGACCGCCAGAUGAGUCCGAUGGAAUGUUUGCGUCGGAAUCCAAAGAUCGCUCUUUGGACUCUGUACGCCAACAUUGGAUCUUGUCUGGUUGGUUUCGAGAACCUGGCGUUGUCAGUAUGCUUGGCCAUGCCGGCAUUCCAGAUGACCUUUGCGUCUGAGGUCAAUGGAGCUCUCAUCAUUCCGGCGUACUGGCAGUCAGCAUGGAACGCCAUGUACAACACAAUGAUGUUCUUUGGAUCGUUCACUGCUGGAUACGUUCAAGAUUGGUUCGGUCGUCGGGCGGUCAUGGCGAUGGCGAUUGUCGUAUCCGCUUGCGGUAUUGCGAUCAGCUACGUCUCCGAGACCCCAUCUCAGUUCCUGGGAGGCAAGAUCGUCACUGGAUUUUCUGUCGGUCUCUUCACCGCGACCACCCAGACGUAUGUUUCUGAGAUUGCUCCUCUGCCCAUCAGAGGCAUUGCGCUCUCGGUCAACACCAUCAUGCUGAACUUGGGCUUCCUCAUCGCCAUCUCAUCCAGCUUCUCCCGAACCGCGAUCAUGGACAAGUCGGCUUUCCGCGUUGUCUUCGCCGCGGCCUGGGCAUUCCCCGGAAUCCUCGCCCUGGGCUUGCCCUUCAUGCCCGAAUCACCGACAUGGCUGGUGCUUAAGAACAAGCACGACAAGGCUCGCCGGUCUCUGGAGCGACUUUCCGGCGCCACGGAAGACAUCGACACCCGCUUGAACCAGAUCAUUGAGAACGUCGAAGCCGAGCGCCGUCUGGCCGCCGAGAAGGCCUCCUUUGUCGAUUGUUUCAAGGGAACCAACUGGCGCAGAACUCGCAUCAUUCUCAUCUGCUUCUACAUUCCCCAGGUCACCGGCGCGGUUCUCUCGUCCAACGCCCCGUACUUCCUCAACCAGACCGGUCUUGACAGCCACACCGUCCUCAUGCUGGUGCAGGUCGGCAUUGCUGUUGGUCUCGUUUCUGCCAUCCUCAACGCCUUCUCGAUGAUGAGGUUCCGCCACCGCCCGCUGAUGUUCUUUGGUAUCACCGUGUGCGUCUGCUUGUACCUCACCAUGGGCAUCGCCGCGGCAUUCCCGAAGACGAACGCGUCGCUCCUGACCAUCGGUGUGGCUCUCAUUUUCACAUCUAUCUCCUACGGACCUGCGGUCGGUGCAUCCAUGGCUGUUGCAGGCGAGGUCUCCGCCUCGAAGCUCCGUGCCAAGUCCCUUGGCAUUGGCGUGGCCUUCUCCUCCAUCGUCAGCACCAUCUGGACCAUCAUCCUACCGUACCUCUUCAACACCGAUCAGCUCAACAUGGGCGGUCACAUUGGGUGGAUCUUCUUUAUUAUGGGCGUUCUCAUGCUGGUGAUCCUCUACUUUGAUGUGCCAGGAACCAAGGGCCGCACGUUUGAGGAGCUGGACCAGAUGUUCGACAUGCGCAUCUCGGCGCGCAAGUUCGAGAGUUACCAGUUCAACGAGGGGCCGGUGGAUACCAAGUGA